CAAUCCGUUAUUAAUUACGAGCUGAUCUGCACAUUACGUGGCACAGUUAUUCUUCAUCAGAAACGGCUCGCCUUCAUUACCCCUGCGUAUUUAAAAUCCGCACCCCAUCCAUCCGUGCCUUAUUUAAAAUCCGACCUUCUCCUUAAACCGACGACGACGACGACGCGAGAGGGGCCGUUUCUUCUCCUUCCCGUUGGCGAUCAAUCAAUCCGCACGCGCGCGCACACGGCCGCCUCUUCUCGUCGCCGGGCGGAUCGGCAGCGCCGGUUCCAGAUCAGGCGGAUGCCGCCGCAGCCGGAGCCGUGCAGCUCGUCGUCGUCGCUGGGGAACGACAGCGACGAGGGCGGCGCGCCGACGGGGAAGGAGGACGGGGAGGGGGAGGUGCAGAGCGCCUACAGCGGGGCGGGGCUCGACGGCCUCGCCGCAUUGGAGGAGUCGCUUCCCAUCCGGCGUGGCAUCUCUAAAUUCUAUAACGGCAAGUCCAGAUCUUUCACAUUCCUCAAGGAAGCUAUCGGGCCAUCUGGUUCUGCAAAGGUCAUUGCCAAGGCAGACAAUGCUUAUUCCAGGAAACGGAAAAAUCUUCUUGCAUACAGCAUCAUGUACAAUCAGUCACAGAUCACCGUGCCGGAGACCUACGAGAAUGGUUUCUCCAAGAGGUUUGCGGGUUUAAGCAGGUUGAGGCCCUCGGAUGGUAUGAGCUCCAACAGCAGCAGUAGCAGCAGCCUCAGCAGCGACGAAAACGAGCCGCCUCAGCAGUUCAUUUUUGUUCAGUCACCUGAUAACACUGCACAAUUUGCUUCUCCAGCGAUCACCACACCUCGGCUUGGGUCUUGCAUGUCUAAGAUAUUGCCGGUGCCAAUGAGGUCGUUUUCGAUGGUGAAUCUGCAACGUUUGCACAGCCGCUGCUCAUCUGUUUGCCUGGAAGAAGAGCCGGAGGUUGAUUAACAAGGAAUUCAAGAGGCAUUUCCAUCUUUUCGUGUUUUUUUUCUUGUGUUUGUUCUGGGGGCUAAUAUACCGCAUCUCUCUUUUGCUAACCUAAGGUUGCAUUGGGGUGUUUGCCUAAAUAAAUAAGAGGGAUCAGAUGAAAAAAAAGAGGGAUCAUGUAUGGUGACGGUUUUGUGUGUAAAAUAGCUUGUUUGACAAUGUGUAAAUAUAAAUUGACAUAAUCUGCUAGAAUCAAAGGCAGAAAUCA